UAAAUGGGGGCCGGUAGUCCGCACGGAAACCGAAAAUCCAAUAACGGUUUUGUGUGGCAAGCCUUGCGUGCUCCACGAAGUCAUCGGUUUUCCAGUUUAGUUCGCAAUCGCCACCCGUGCCAUCAAGUAGCCCGUCAAACGAUGGCCAACUUCAGUCCGCACCAGCUGUCGAAUCCCCGGGCCAACGUCUUCAUCCUGGUCAAUCUUGGGUGCGAGAUGCUCUACGUGAUCGAUCAGCGGCUGAAGGCGCAGCAGAUCGCUCAGGACAAGUCGGUUCAGGUUAUCCACGAUGUGACUACAGUACUGCUCGAACCGAAGUUUAUAGACUCGCUUCUGAACGGAUCGAAGCACAAUAGUGCGCAGCUUUUGACCGCCGAGCACUGCAAGUUUAUGCUGAACGACAUAGCCACCUGCUCCUUGAUGCGACUCGACGAGCAGUCGAUGUCCAAGCUGUGGAAUCUGAUGACCAUGGUAUACAAGUGGCAGCUGUUCGUGUCCCGCCAUCAACACCACCUGCUGGAGAUUACCUUUCGGCACUUGGAGGCGGUCAACAGGUUGUAUCCGGAUGCCAAGCGGCACAUGCUGAUUGACUUCACGAAGAACACGCUGCUAGACUUUUGGAAUGCCAGCGGGGAGGAUGCGCAGCUGUCCAUCUACCAGACGAAUCGGGCCUGGCUGCAGUGCUUCAACACGAAGAUAUCGCUCCUGAUUCGCAUGGGUUUUCAGGCCAUGGACGGUAGUUUCAUCAGGGACGUGGAUCAGGAUUACUACGCGGAAUACGUUGAGUCGGCCGGGGAUAAUAUCUAUGCAAAGAGUGCCGAGCAGCGGGAACGCCAGCAGCGGGAGCCCAACAGCAUGGAUCAACUGGCAGCUCAGCUGAACAUAAAUCCGCCGCAGAGCGAGGAUCUGCAGCCCAUCAACGCCCGCCAGUUCCAGCAGCAGUUCGAGCAGGCCUUCGGCAGUGUGCUCUUCACUGACACAGCAGGCAGCUCCUCUGCUUGCGAGUUUGUCCAGCUGCAGCCCACGACGGCAUCCUCGGAAAAGGUGGCGCCGACAGUGUCCCGGGGAGGAUCCUUGCUAAACCAGAACCUGCUCGACUUGUACAGCAAAAUGCCUUGAAGCCAAAGCCACUUCGGUUU